ACGGUCAUGGAGGACGUGUAAUUGCUGCGUUGCCAAGGCUAGCUUUUUUUUGUUUUAACACACACAGGCUAGCUUUAAAAACGUCUAGAUUUUCCCGAAGAAACUAUUAGAAGUAAUCUUUAAAAAAAAAAAUCAGAAACGAAAUGAAUAUUGUCCAGAAAGCGACGAACAGGACCGCGAUGGCCAGCUUAUUAUUCGCUCAAAAUGGAGUCGUGGAGGGCUCCGGUCUGAGGGCCCCGACCAUCGACUCACACAACGGGAUUGUAAGCACUAAUAUCACUCCGAAACAGCGGCCGACUUCACUCGUGGUAAGCCCGAAAACCAAAAGUGGCUAUGCAACAAAAACUACUACUCUGCGGGAGGGAAGCAGCGACACGGAAGACGGAUCUUUGCCGUGCUCGCCGGAGCUGCUGUCCGACAGUGAGCCAGACGUCUCCGGAUGCCCUGCAGAGGAGGAAGCGCUGGAAAACGACACCAGGCAACUCAUUAAACAUUUCCUCAGAGACUUUACGGGACUUUCAAAACCUCGGUGGAGUGAAAGCAAACCUCUGUCCACAAUGAAAAGAGUCGUGGAAGAUGUAUUGGAGAAACACAGAUAUGCAUAUAAUGGUAUGAUAAACAAACUGUCACUGGAUGACAGAGACGAUGAUAUGAGGUUCGUCAGUUCUGUAGCGACUAGCCUCUUCGGAGACAGGACCACCAACUGGGGCAGGGUUGCCAGCCUGGUGGCCUUCGGGGCCGUCGUAUGUCAGUACUUGAAGGAGAAGGGCAGGGAGAACUGUGUGGAUCUGGUGGGAGAGGAGAUCACCAUGUAUCUGCUGACUGACCAGAAGGACUGGUUAAUCAAAAACAACGCCUGGGACGGCUUUGUAGAAUUCUUUCGGGUAGCAGACCCUGAGUCUACAGUGAGGAACACACUCAUGGCCUUUGCCGGAUUUGCUGGUAUCGGGGCAACGUUGGCCCUGUUGAUCAGGUGAAUAAGUUGGACUCAAGACCUUUUUUCUUUAAAAACGUGAACAAGACUUAAGUGGACAAUAUUUUUGCUGCGUUCUUCGUCUUGUCUGGACUAAGGAGAUUACACCAAUGGGUCCUUUUUUUUUAUUUUUUUUCCCCAGCCUCCCUCCUUCCAAUUGCAAAUACUUGUUGCUUCAUGGAAAGACCCUGCUUUAAAUAACAAACUCCUUUACAAUUAAGUUCUAUUUAAAUUACAAAGAAAUUUUAUUUUUCUAUUGUUAAAUGUAAAAUAAAUGCUUUAGGGUAGUAAUUCAAUGGUUAUGCGGGAACUGAGUUACUAUCUCCUUAUUUGUAGCUUAAUGUUCGGCUGAUUAUGUUUACAUGUUGAUCUAACUAUAUCAUACCUUUCUGGUUGGAGGAGGGGGGUGGAGGCUGCAUUUUGUUCCCAUUAUCAGGCAGUAAUGAAACCCAUUCUCAGCUUAGCCCAUUCACAAUCCAAUCCUCUUUUUUGGAGGCUUUGUAUGGACACUAGAGGACUGGUGUGGAUUUGCAUCCGUGUAGCGCUACUUCCUCAUUAUGGAAAUGUUGGAUCUGCGCUGGGGAAACAGGAACAAGAACAUAACAGGACGUUUGGCUUAUCAGCAGCCUGGAAAGUUUGAGUCUGGCAGAAAAAUGUCAGAGGGACUGAAUGGAAAUAUGAUGCAGAUGGUGUUGGUCUCAGAGCUAUACUAACGCUGACACAAUGAUAAUGGUAUGAGACUGCACACGAUGAUGAUAGUUGAGAUCCAGAUGUAAGCUAAGAGUUUUAGUGAAUAAAAAAUGCGCAGUACA